GUUUGGCAGGUGUCACUACCACCAAUAAAAUAAUUGGCAAAUCAUCCCAUAAUUAAAUGGUGAUCAUUUAACAUCAUAAGCCGAAAAGUAAUUAAAGAAAUUUGAAUUUAUCAUUGUUUAUUAUCCACUGUUCUAUUGUUUUCAUUGAUCAUGGGUGAUAAAGGACCAACAUCAACGGCUAAACUAUCAACCGAUGUAAAAGAGGCAGCUAAAAGUGAUGAAAAUGUGUCUUGGCGUGCCAAAGAAUCGCUACCAAUCGAUAAGGUGGUUGUUCAUCCUUUGGUCCUGUUGUCAGUGGUUGAUCAUUUCAACCGUAUGGGUAAAAUUGGUAACCAGAAAAGAGUUGUAGGUAUUCUGUUAGGAGCAAUGAAGGGUAAAGGUAUUCUUGAUGUGUCAAACAGUUUUGCAGUACCUUUCGAUGAGGAUGAUAAAGAGAGAAAUGUAUGGUUUCUGGAUCAUGAUUAUCUUGAAAAUAUGUAUUCCAUGUUCAAAAAACACAAUGCAAUUAUCUACCUGUUACAAGAUAUUUUCAAUCUCCUACCAGAUACCAUGAGUGAAACUUUUGUCAAAUCCGUGUAUGUAAAAACAAAUGAUCAGAUGUUGGUGGUUUAUUUGGCAUCAUUAGUACGAUCAGUUAUAGCCUUACAUAACCUAAUCAACAACAAGAUAACCAAUCGGGAUGCGGAAAAGAAAGAAGGUUUAAAAGAUAAAAACGGAGAAAAACCGACAACAACCGCUAAUACAGCAGGAGAAGGAGAAAAACCUGUGGAGUCAAAGAAAAGUUCAUAAUUGCUGCAAAUAAUUAUUUUUAUUUUAUCUAAAUUAUUUUUGUUUACAAAAUUGAAUAUCAAUGUAUUCUCAAAAAUGUUUAUGUCAAAAAUCUUUAUUUAUGUCUUUAUAUUUAUUUCAAACAAUAAGAGUUUUUUAUUGUUGAUGAACAGCAUUUGUAGCCCCAUUUAUGAUUUUUCACAUCAUAAUAUGAACCCCAAACAGAGGUAUGAUUGUUUAUAUAAACAUUUUCUUUAUAUUUU